AUGUCCGAACCAAGAAUCGAACACCUAGAAGACUUUACUGCCCACGGAUGGUGCAACGCCCUAUUAUUCGAUCCCUUGAUAACGCGUAUCAACCAACGCAACCUCGCUGGUAAUGGCGACGAAUGGAACUCCCUUUUUACACGCAGUCUCUUCACCGAUGGUGCGGUUCGCGCCUUCCUGAACUUGUACAAACCUGGCAAAGGACAGAGAAGGGUGGUAGAUGGAAAGAGCAUAGUCACAGGCAAGCCGCCGAUACUUGAGGAGCUUGUGCCGAGCGACUACGACAAGGAAGUCAGGAGGCAGGCGGCGAAGGAAGAUGUACAAUACAACCUUGAGGUUCCAGAAGCACCAGAGAACACGGUGUUAGUGUCCUUGGGUCGCGAUCUCGAUGGCGGUGUCGGGCGUCUUCACGGCGGCGUCACUGCAUCCUUGCUAGAUCAGUCUAUGGGCGCUUUGCUGGUCAACUACUACGAAAAUAGGAACGUGACUACAGAGCUGAGGAUCAAGUACAAGAAGGCUGUUGAGACGCCUUGUAUACUGAAGGCCAGAGUGAGGGUAAGCAGGGAGGUGGGAAGAUGGAUAGAAGUAGUAGGUUGGCUGGAAGAUGGAGAGGGCACCGUGUAUGCCGAGGGAUGGGCCAGUUUUGUGUUGGCCAAGCUUGAACCGACGGCGAAGAUAUAG